UCGACAAACACUCAGAGACAAUAGACCAUCAGCUAUCAAACAUUAGACAGAGAGUCACAGGAAGCACAAUGGAUGUGGAGGAAAUGAUCUACACGUUUUUUGAGGUGCUUAUUGCUGUUAGUUGCUGUCUUGGUAAUAUGUUGGUGAUUUUGGCGCUGUGGACCAGUAAAAGCAUUCAGGAGCCCACCAUCAGUCUUAUCGUCAGUCUGGCUGUGGCUGACUUUCUGGUCGGCUGCGUUGCCAUACCGAUGGCUGUGGUGGUGGACGGACGAGUGCCCACUUCAUUUCAUGGCUGUGUCUUCCUCAGCUGUGUGGUCGUCCUGUUGACUCUGGUCUCAGUUUUGUCCCUCACGGCUAUUUCUGUGGACCGCUUCCUCCGGGUGCAUAUCCCUCUCUGGUACAAAAGGACUGUGACGCAGAGACAUUCUUGCCUUGUGGUCGCAGCAUGUUGGCUUGUUGCAAUACCACUGAGUUUUGCUCCCAUGCUUGGAUGGUACAACCAUGACACCCUGUCUAAGUCAGUAAACUCCACCAUUAUCUGCAAGUUUAUUGCUGUCAUCCCCAUGUCAUACUUGGUUUACUUCAACUUUGUUCUCUGCAACCUGAUACCUCUGUUGGUGAUGACCGCUCUUUACAGCUACAUCUUCUGCACCAUCCGAGGAAACCUUCGAGAUAAACCAGGCAACGGGGCCCAGAAACAGUGUCAGAAGUACCUGAAGAAAGAGAAACAGCUGGCAGGAUCUCUGUCCCUGGUCUUGGCUCUGUUUACCUUGUCCUGGCUCCCUAUCCACAUUAUAAACUGCAUUACUUACUUCCGUGGGAAUAACGAUAUACCAGUUGUAUAUAUCCAUGUUGGCAUCCUGCUUUCUCAUGCUAACUCGGCUGUAAACCCAGUUGUGUAUGCGUUCAAAAUAGAAAAGAUCAAGACAGCGUACCUAAAGCUCUGGAGACAGUACAUCUCAUGUGGAGAAAUAAAUCAAGGAUCUCAGACAAGCCAGACAACAGACAAUACUCCAACUUGAACAGUGAGGCUAAUAAUAAGUGAAGGAAGAUUUGUUUGCUUCUUUGUUGUAAGCUUAUACUCAUAUUGUUACAUCUAAAAGAUCCAUACAUUUUCUUGGAUGUAUUUCAUUUAGCUUUUGCAUGUUUUUAGUUCAGAAAUCUUUGUUUUUAUAGUUUAUCAGUGUUUUUUGAUUUGAUCAAAGCAUUGUAAUAUGUUUGCUGGACAAGAAAUCUGAAGCAGUUCACUCAAUUCCUACGAACUGUCUUUUCCUGCGGCGAAUGCUUCUUCGCAAAAAUAAUUAAUCUUGAUCGACUGGAAACUUCCUGCUUUGCACUAAAGUCAGAGGCAACUGUGUGAGACUGGUCUUGUAUGUAAACUUAAAAUGUCUUUUUUUUCCGUCUUAUUUUUUUGUACAAUACUGGAAUACAGUGACCUUUUUGUAUCCUGAUUGCAAAAUGCUGUUCAAAGUCUUCCCUUUCUCACCAAGCCCAAAUAUCUCAACAUCUACUACAUGGAUUACAUAGAAUUUGGUACUCAUGUUCAUGUUUCUUUCAGGAUGAUUGAAUCACUUUUCAUCCAGUGCCAUUAUAUCUAAUGUAUAAAAUAAAACUAAUGACAUUA